AUGUUGGCUUCCUACCUUCCCGAUGCCGUGACCGCACCCAUCACGAAGAGCGCCGAUUAUAUGAAGAGUACAAUUGGUGGUUUGACCUGGGGUCCCGCCGUUUCCGUCUCAAAAGCUGCCGUCACUUCAUUGUUCGGACGAAUCGAGCGCGGUACACUACUUGUUACUGAUGUCGAAACUGGAAAAACAACAUGUUAUGGGGCGAAGAUUGCAAAGGAGUAUAAGACCAAUGGCGUAAACGGCGUGAAUGGACAUUAUUCCUCAAGGAAAGCUGGUGCUGCAAGAAAGGUAGAAUUAAAGGUUGUCGACCAAGCAUUUUGGGUCCGCUUAUUCCUAUUCGCGGACAUGGGGUUUGCGGAGGCAUAUAUGUUAGGAGAAGUCGAGUGCGAUGAUUUGACUGGAUUUUUUGAGCUUUUUAUCCAAAAUCGGAAUCAACUUGCAAAUGCCACAACCCUAACCUCGUCCAUCGCAGCCACAAUUACUGGUCUCGCCCGAAGUACGAAUACCCUUUCCAAUUCCCUCCUCAACGUCUCAGCGCAUUAUGAUAUUUCCAAUGAAAUGUUCGCAGCAUUUCUCUCUGAAGAUAUGACAUAUUCAUGCCCUAUAUGGAAAUCUGUUUCUAGCGCCUCUUACGACUUCGAAGAGGAAACCCUUGAAGAGGCACAAACGACAAAACUCGAUCGAUUCAUAGAUGGGGCACGAAUCAAGCCCUCAGAUCAUGUAUUAGAAAUUGGGACUGGAUGGGGCUCCUUUGCUAUCCAAGCUGUUAGACGGACAGGAUGUCGUGUGACAAGUUUAACUUUGUCAAUUGAACAAAAGGCAUUAGCUGAAAAGCGCAUUUUUGCAGCGGGUUUCGCGGACAGAAUUGAAGUGAAACUUAUGGAUUAUCGGGCACUACCCAUUCCAAAGCAGCCCUAUGACAAGAUUAUCUCUAUCGAGAUGCUCGAAGCUGUUGGUGCGGAAUAUCUCGAAACAUAUUUCUCGUGUAUUCAUCGUUUGUUAAAACCAGAUGGAAUUGCUGUGUUUCAAUGCAUCACUAUGCCAGAAGGUCGAUAUGAGGCGUAUGCAAAGGGUGAAGAUUUUAUUAGAAAAUACAUUUUCCCAGGCGGACACCUUCCAUCAAUCACUCAAUUAAUCGAUAAUAUCACGAAAGCCUCGGAGGGAACCUUGGUGGUUGAGAAGGUAGAGAACAUUGGAGGUCACUAUGCGAAAACGCUGCGUGUAUGGAAGGAAAAGUUCUUGAUGAAUUUCGACUCGAGGAUUAGACCGGCGUUGAUGGCGGAGCACGAGGGGAUGGGUGAGAGGGAGGUAGAGGUGUUUAGAAAGAAGUGGGAGUAUUACUUCACAUACUGCGAAGCAGGAUUUGCGACAAAGACACUUGGAGAUGCAAUAAUCACGGUUGGUAGAGAAGGAGCAUUGGAGUUGAUGAAUGGUAUUCCCCUAUAA